CAUCGUUCUCCUGAUCGGAUGAUCUAGGGUUCUCUAGCAGAAAAGAAAUCGUGUUCAAAAUUACCUUGCUGUUCCUUCUUUGACUCUUGGAUGUUUUUAAAAUGUCCGGGUAUCAGAAUUGUUCAGAUGUCCAGCAGUUGAUGGCAAUAAAGGAAGAGGUUCUCCCUGAGCCACAUCAGAGGAGCUCCAGUCCAAACAAAGAGGAGCCACCAGAACCAGCAGACAUUAAAGAGGAACAGGAGGAACUGUGGAUCAGUCAGGAGAGAGAGAUGCUUCAAGGAUCAGAGGAGGCAGAUUCUGUGUUCAAAUUCACUUCUGUCUCAGUGAAAAGUGAUGAAGAGGAUGGAGAGGAAGCACAGUCUUCAAGGCUUGAUGAAGACCAACGUAAAGAAAACAGAGACACGGAGCAUUUAAAAACAGAAUCUGAUAAAGAGGACAGUGGAGGAUCAGGACCAGAUGGAGAUUUUCACCCAGGCACUUAUUUAAAGCAAGUUACUCCUGACAAGACUUCAGACCUCUCUGGAUCAGAGACUGAUGACAGUGCUGAUUGGGAGGAGAGUGAUGAACCUCAAGAAGGUUUAGAGCCUCUGCAAAACAAAUGCACAGCUGUAAGUGACAUGAAAUGUAACACUGGAAUUACAUCAGUCAGCUCCCCUGAAUGUGUUUCCAGCAUUGGACAGCAGAAACACGUGCAGAAACACAAAGGAAUCCAUAGAGGAACAAAACCAUUUAGUUGUUCAGUAUGUAAGAGAGGUUUUCGAUUGAAACAAAUGUUGGUGAUACACAUGAGAGUCCACACAGGGGAGAAACCAUUUAGUUGCUCAGUUUGUCAUAAAAGAUUUUCUCAGCAAGGAAGUUUGAAGUACCACUCGAUUGUCCACACGGGGGAGAAAGCAUUUAGUUGUUCAGUUUGUGGUAAAAAGUUUUCUACCAAAGGAAGUCUGAAGCUGCAUAUAAAUGUCCACACAGGAGAGAAGCCAUUUAGUUGUUCAGUUUGUAGUAAAAGAUUUUCCUUAAAGGGACAUCUGAAGGAGCACUUGACUGUCCACACGGGGGAGAAACCAUUUAGUUGUUCAGUCUGUCAUAAAAGAUUUUCCCAUCAAGGAAGUUUAAAGUACCACUUGACAGCCCACACAGGGGAGAAACCGUUUAGUUGUUCAAUUUGUCGCAAAAGAUUUUACAAAAAGUCAUAUCUGAAAGAUCACUUGACUGUCCAUGCAGGAGAGAAGAAAUUUAGCUGCUCAGUUUGUCACAGUACAUUUUUUUAUGAAAGAAACCUGAAGAAACACUUAACUGUUCACACAGGCGAGAAACCGUUUAGUUGUUCAGUCUGUCAGAAAAGAUUUUCCCGUCAAGGAAGUUUGAAGGAGCACUUGACUGUCCACACAGGGGAGAAACCAUUUAGUUGCUCAAUUUGUUGUAAAAAAUUUGCAAGACGCGGAAAUGCAAGGAGACACUCUUUUAUUCACACAGAGGAGAAACCAUUUAGUUGCAGUGUUUGUGAUGAAAAAUUCACAAAGCAAUGGAAUUUCAAAAGGCACAAGUGUGCUGGUGAGAGCAGUGGAAAUCCCAAAUAAAAUGAUCUUCAUCUCGUCUGCCCAGCUAAUAUGAAGCUGAUGUUUCCAUCAAUUUCCUGACUAUUUAUUUAUUUAUAUUUCAAAACUUUGAGACAUGUUGCUUAUUUCUCUCCUCCCAGUUGAUGAAUGCAGGGCUUUUGUGAAAAUAUAACAAAAGUCUGAUCUAGACCUGCUUCUCUGUAGUGUCAAAUGGUUGCUGUACACAGUACCCCACACAAUUUGCCACAAACUGCUACUGACUAACUGAACAUUUUUUAGACUAGUAGCACUUUGCUAAUUAAACAUUCUGCUGCAUCCAGAAUGAUCAUAUAUGAAUAAUUAGGGGCAAGAAUAGCAAUCAGACACAGUUGUUACCUCAUAAAGUGUUUGAGGGGCUCAGGUAAAUGGAGACACAUUUAGUCCUUCUGCCCCAGCUGUAGACCAUACUGGUUUGGCUUGGUUCUGGAUUGUCCACAUCUGAUUUCUUUUUUUUUUCAUCAAGAACUGUGCUCUGUUUACAGGGAGUUUUUACAUUUUUCUGCACCUGGAUAUGCUUGGUCAAGCUACCUGACAGAUUUACCCAUGUUCUCCAUCAAUUAC